CUUAUAGGCUCCUUCAAUAAUCACAUCCACUGAGACCGUUAGACUGUUAACUUGCGAUAUCUCGCUAAUUUUGAGUUCUACUAAAAUUCUAAAUUUUGCAAAGAAGAUGUUACCGGGUCCUAUAUAUUUGUAUUUUACGACUGGUGUUAUAUUACUUGUCAGAAAUGUGCCAACAGUUAGUGGAAAGGCAGUACCGGAUCCAUCGAGCGGAAUGGUAAUAAAUCAACCACAAACAACAUUUGUAUUGGGAGAUGAUUUGGCAAAGAAACUACUUUCACUUUUAUAUAAUAAAAAAGGGAAAGACAGCAGCUCCGCGGUUUUCGUAAAUAUGCCUAUGAAUUCUUCCAAAAAGAAUAAUACAAAAAAUGGUUCGGAAGCAGAAAAAAAAGAGACAGAUAAUUCUGAAACUACAGAGAAGAAGACUUCUGGAGAGACGUCUCAUUCGGUAAUAGAUGGAAAUUCUUCGGAAAAUAAAAGUCAUUCGGUAAUAGAUGGAAAUUCUUCGGAAAAUAAAAGUGAGGCAAAAAGUGGUUCGGCAGCAGAAAAAAAAGAAACGGAUAAUUCUGAAACUACAGAGAAGAAGACUUCUGGGGAGACGUCUCAUUCGGUAAUAGAUGGAAAUUCUUCGGAAAAUAAAAGUCAUUCGGUAAUAGAUGGAAAUUCUUCGGAAAAUAAAAGUGAGGCAAAAAGUGGUUCGGCAGCAGAAAAAAAAGAAACGGAUAAUUCUGAAACUACAGAGAAGAAAACUUCUGGGGAGACGUCUGAUUCGGUAAUAGAUGAAAAUUCUUCGGAAAAUAAAAGUGAUACAAAUAAUGGUUCAGAGGUAGAAAAAAAAGAGACAGAUAAUUCUGAAAGUACAGAGAAAAAGGCUUCUGAAGAGACUUCUCAUUCAGUAACAGGUGGGAAUUCUUCGGAAAAUAAAAGUGAGACAAAAGAGCGUUCAGAAGCAGUAAAAACAGAGACAGAUAAUUCUGAAACUACAGAGAGGAAGACUACUGGGGAGACGUCUCAUUCGAUAACAGAUGAGGAUACUUCGGAAUAUUGUACGUCUUCUGAGGAGUCGUGUUACUCGGUAUCAGUUGAGUCAAAAAGUGGUUCGGCAUCAGAAAAGGAUAAAAGUACGAAGAAGUCGUCGAGUUAUGAAAGUUAUUGGGAAUAUUAUACUGCUAGUUCUAGUCAUCGUCGUACUCAUAUUGACUAUAGUGAUUGGGAUCUUUAUCCAGAUUAUGGAUGGUGGUUCUUAGGUUAAAUUAAAGUUGAGGUAUUAUCAUCAUAUUAGUAUGGCUUUGAUUUUUGUUUAAAGAUUAAUUAUUCGCGAAAGCUCUGAUAUAACACUUUGUCCAAAAAAAAUCAUAAUUUUAACUGAAAACAUAUUAGCAUUAUUUAAACAUACAUACAUAUGUAUCUACAAUAAAUAAAUAAAAUAUAUUAAGAAACUUUAAA